AAAGCUGCGACUGUCCACUGUCUUCUGACUGCUGCGCUGCUAUUGGCUAGCUGCCUCCAAUCACUGAUGGCCACUGAGGAUGAUGUCACACCGCGCAUCAGUUUCUCUUACAAUGCAAAGGAGAGGUCGGCCAAGAGAUUCUCUGUGGACGGUGUCUUCAAUUACACUUCCUUGUUGCUCAGCCAGGAGGACGACAUGCUCUACGUCGGAGCCAGGGAGGCGCUGUUUGCCCUCAGCCUCUCGGACAUCAGCAAGACCAAGCUCCAGAAGAACCUGACGUGGGGCACUCCUGCUGGAAAAAGAGAAGAAUGCAGCUUCAAAGGGAAGAACCUGGAGACUGAUUGCUUCAAUUACAUCAAAAUCCUCCUGCGGCUGAAUAGCACUCAUCUCUAUGUGUGUGGCACCUAUGCCUUCAGUCCUAUUUGCGCCUACAUAAACACGUCAACAUUCACACUGGAGAGAGAUGAAGUGGGCGAGGUCGUGAUGGAAGAUGGGCGCAGUCGCUGUCCCUUUAAUCCAGAUUACAAAUCCACCGCAAUCAUUGUUGGUGGUGAAUUGUACACUGGUACUGUCAGCAACUUCCAAGGGAAUGAGCCAGUCAUUUACAGGAGUUUGGGUCAGGGAACUGCUCUGAAGACAGAAAACUCUUUAAAAUGGCUGCAAGAUCCCAUCUUUGUCGGUUCAGCUUAUAUCGAGGAGAGUCAGCCAAUAGGAAACCCCGUGGGAGACGACGACAAGAUUUACUUCUUCUUUAGCGAGGCGGGAAAGGAAUUCGACUUCUUUGACAACACCAUUGUGUCGAGGAUUGCUCGCGUGUGUAAGGGUGAUGAAGGCGGCGAACGGGUGCUGCAGAAGAAAUGGACGACCUUCCUGAAGGCCCAGCUGUUGUGUUCCCUCCCAGAUGACGGCUUUCCCUUCAACAUCAUCCAGGACAUGUUUGUCCUGAAGCCCAUGGGAGACAGCUGGGAGAGCACUGUCUUCUAUGGCGUCUUCACCUCCCAGUGGAAUAAAGGAGCAUCGGGCAGCUCAGCGGUGUGCGCUUUCACCAUGGCACAGGUGGAAAGAGCCUUCAGCGGGCGCUACCGAGAGGUCAACAGGGAGACACAGCAGUGGUACACCUACAACCACCCAGUGCCAGAACCACGGCCCGGAGCGUGCGUAACCAACCACGCCAAGCAAAUGGGUAUCAAGUCGUCCUUGCACAUGCCUGAUAAAGUGCUCAACUUUGUCAAGGACCAUUUCCUGAUGGACAGCGUGAUCCGCAGUGCUCCCCUGCUGCUGAAACGCAGCGUGCGCUACACACAGAUCGCUGUGCACAAGAUCCAAGGCAUGGAGAGGGCCUAUGACGUGCUCUUCAUCGGAACAGAUGACGGAAAGCUCCAUAAGGCCAUCAAUGCCAACGAUAAGAUGCACAUCAUAGAGGAGAUAAUACUGUUUCCUGAGCCUGUGCAACACAUCGAACUUGAUCCUCAGAGGCUGCUGUGCAUCACCCUGUAUUAUUGUUUGGUACGUUUUCUCAGUCACUGGCAGCAGGAUGUGGAGGAGGCCGAUACAUCAGCGAUUUGCAACAGGACAUUUCCCAACACCAGAUCUGCCAGACCAGUAGCUUCUCGUGGCUCCCAAUGCCAACUCAUUACAAUCCCAGUCAACACAUUCAGAGUCCUGGCCUGCAAACUGCGGUCCAACCUGGCACAGAGGAGGUGGCGUUACAGUGACAGCGCCAGCCAGUUCCUCUACGCUACUCCAGAGGGAAACCUGGUAGUGGUGGCACAGGCCGACAGGAUGGAGACCUACGAGUGCUGGUCAGAAGAGGAGGGUUUCCGGCAGCUGUUGGCCAACUACUGUGUGAGGGCGGAGCCCCGCCAGGAAAGCACCACUCUGAUUGGUCACUCGCGCACUCCACACAUUGAGCGAGAGGAGACCAUCAUCCUGCCGGGCGAGUCUCGUUCUGAGCAGGUCCACACGAAGACAUACUGGAACGAACUGAUUGUGGUGUGCGCCCUGCUGGCGUUCUCCCUCGUGGUGUUCUCCUUGUUCAUCAUCUACAGGAACCGCGAUCAUAUGAAGUCCAUGCUGAAGCAGGGCGAGUGCCCUAACAUGCAGCAGAAGAAGCCAAGGAUUGUGGGAAAGCCUGCUGAGAGCUUACCCCUAAAUGGUAACACCAUCCCCGUUUCCACUUCUGAUCACAAGGGCUACCAGACGUUAAAUGACAACUACAUCUGCAGCACGCCCACCCACGAGUCCUCGCCAGACAACAGCAAGAGCUUCUCUGAGUCCUCCGACAGGCGGCCGCUUAACUUGAAGGAGAGCCACGUGGAAUACUCCCCAACCUGCCCUCGGCCCAGAGUGAGGCUAGGCUCGGAGAUCAAAGACUCUAUUGUAUGAGAGCACUGUAUUCCCUAAAAAGAUGCCACCCUGUAUCUCCAUGAAGGAUACAGGCCACCGAGCGAAGGAGAGGAGACCCUGACAUCCCUCUUCAUCACAGCACAUCUUUUAUUUUAGUCAUCUUUUGUUCUGUGAUCAGUGCGGAGGUCCUUUCGUUUAACCAUUUCCACUCCGAAGCCAGAGGUUGGUCUGGUGUGCUGCAUAGGGCAGGAAGAGGAGGCAGCACAACAAUUCACUUUCAACCAGGAACAACAACCAUGGCAGCUGCUCAGAAUAGUUAUAGGCUUUGUUUGAGUCAAUCUCAUGGCCACUAAUGUGUGUGAGUGUAGGGCUGGGCAACAUGAGGAAGAAAAACCUACCACAAUAACCAAAACAUCUUCUUCCAAUAUUUAAUGUAACAUUAAAACUAGUCUAGUUGAUGUUCAUCACACGAUAUAAUAAAAACAAUAAAUUAUGAACAUUGAUAAGGUUUCCCAGCCCUAUGUGAGUAUGCGUAUAACCUUCCACAUGCUCUGCAGAAGAAGGCUGCCACAGAGGCCAUACUUCUGUUAUUACGCACACUAGUCUAGAACCAAGCUGCAGCUACAUGGUGACCAAGAGUUCAGGUUUAGGAGACUAUAAUUACAUGUAUUGCUUAUUCGUUAUGAUCCACACAUUAUGGAAGCAAGUCAGAAGCACAUUUGUUCCCUUUUGCUGAAUAAAUGUCAUGACUGUAGGAGGAUAAAGAUGAUGAAAGAUGAGACUGUCUAGGAGAAGACACUACACACUGUUGGAACAACAAUUGCAAGGACGGUAACUUUAAGAAAGAGAUCAAAAAAAUGUGCUCAUAAAUUAUGCUCUGGGGCCUGAAUACUGACAUUUACCUCCUUGAAUGUAUGUUGUUGUUCAGAGGUUUAAGUCACACAUCACUGCACCAUGGACAAUUUAGGGAACCCGUUGCUCCACAUCUCCGCUCAUCUGAGACGGCCCAAUUCUACAGUAUUGACAUGCAGGUACCAUGAUGGGCUCUAAAAUCGAACUGAGACACAGACCAACCCGUUUUUGAGGGCAAUAUAGAAAAGAGACCUAGGUCAGUCAAGGUAGAGAUCACAAGUACGGAGAGCCAAGAAAAAAAAGGGGACGUCCACACCUCUACCAUCUUCAGGGCAGCACCAAAAUCAUGUGCACUGUGCCAAGAAAACAACUCGAUUGUCUUAUCGAAAUGCAAUAGUGCCAUUCUGUUAUGACCACUCCCAUACUUUGCGUUAGCAUUGAUCACUGUCGAAGAGCACAUGGUGACAGAACCAGAAGUGUAAGUAAAGUGGCACUAAGAAUAAUAAAUAAAUGUGAAGUGCAA